AUGGAUAAUUCUCAACAUCUUGUGUUCAUUCCUUGGCCGUUAGCGAAGCUCAUCAUUGAUCAUGAAUCUGGGAUCUCAGCCACCGUCCUCCUUAUGCAGCUGCCGGCAUAUAAAGACGAGAAAUUUCAGCUCCCUAGCUAUAUGUUUUUUGCAUAUUCGGGUUUUCUCAGUUCAAUGAUUCAUUUUCAGACCCUUCAGGAUGAGCACAUGCAAGAUAUGACUGAAUUCAAAAACUCGAAUUCACUCAUGCUGAUCCGGAGUUUUGAAAAUUCGGUGCUGGCCAAUGUAUUGUUUGAUGUAUUGGUGGACAAAGAUUUAUGCUCCUUCUCACUCUCAGCAUCCUUUGGUAGAUCAACAGUUCCUCUGGUUUACUUGGUCGGUUCAAUUCUAAACAGAACCUCUCAUCCUAGGGAUACAGAUAACUGUUUAAAGAAAUGGCUCGAUGAACAGACUGCAGGCUCGGUGGUGUUCCUCUGUUUUGAGAGCCAGGGCGUCUUAAGUGUGGACGAAGUUGAAGAGUUGGCUCAUGGACUUGUGCGCAGUGGCUGUCAUUUCAUUUUAGCCAGCUAUCAGCAAAGAACAAGAAUGCAGAGUCCCCGAGUGAAGAACUUUGAGGCGGACAGUCGGGAUCGAGAAGGUGGUGGGUUGAUUGGGUGCCGCAGGUGCUACUGCUAUCCCAUCCUGCGGAAUUGGGAUUGGGGGUUGAAAUUUGUUGGCAUGAUGAGCCUAUUGUUAAGGAUAUUGAUGGAGAGUGAGAGUGAGAGCGAAGCAAGAAAGAAGGUAAAAGAGAUGAACGAGAAGAGUAGGAUGAGCAUGGAGGAAGAUGGAUCUUCACUUGGACUCGUCCACCGCAUUAUGACCAACGAGACUGACAUAUCAACUGGAAGCAAAAGCUUAUGA